AUUGUUUUUAAUAUUUGAUUUUGUAACCAUUUUCUGCCAACAUUUAUUUGUGUCUCAUUUGCAAAUGCAUGUAUUAUUAUCGUAGUUAUAGCGGGAAUUCUGGAGGAAAUAGUUGAUAAAAAUGCCAAACUCGGGGCUUGUAUCAAAAAAUGCGCAAUUAACAGAAGAAGAAAAACAAAAUGUAAUGAAGCAAUUGGGAGAUAUAUUUAAUUGUUCUCCGAGCCCUCAAAUGCGAAGAAUUUGUGAAUCACAAGCUUGGGAUGUUGAUCUAUGUGUCGACUUCUUGAUAAAGGCAAAUAGCAACAACAACAAUGAAAACCAAAGAAAACUUCGUAGUGGGGCAGUUCCAAAGCAAAACAUGUUUUUAGCCAAUAAAGAUACGGGUCCGAAACGACAAUAUAAUAAUUAUACGAUGAAUACGAGUAAAACUCAAAACAACACAUCUAAUUUCGUAGAACUACGUAUUGCUAAAUUGAUAACAGAUUGCUCAAAAGUUAUGGUGCUUAUGAGAGGCGCACCUGGAAGUGGCAAAACCUACUUGGCGAAGAGCUUUGUAGAACGUUAUGUGUCAAUGAACGAUCAGUAUACUUUAAAUGAUUUCAUUUUUAGUUCCGAUAACUUCUUUUACAAUUCUUCUGGUGUAUAUAAAUAUCAACCAGCCCUUUUAGAUAAAGCUCAUGAAUUUAAUCAACGACAAGUGGCUGAACGUGCUAAGUCUGGUUGGAGUCCAAUUUUUGUAGAUAACACAAACAUAAAGCUAUGGGAAAUGAUGCCAUACGUACAAACUGCUGUACAAAAUGGAUAUAUUAUUGAGAUUUUUGAACCUAGAACAUCUUGGCGUUACUCAGCGGCCAAACUGACUGUUAAAAAUGGCCAUGGGGUUCCUACUGAAAAAAUAAAGAUAAUGCUAAAUAACUUUGAGAAAGGCACAGUGAAUGAUUUAUUGAAGAUGUUAAAGACGACAAAAUACAGAGUUUCAUUGCCACAAAUGCGGUCAAUGCCGCCAGUAACGCUUACACAAAAAGAUGUCGAAACAGAUGAAGUAUUUCAAAUAUAUAAACCUGAAAAAAGUCAUUCGCAAGACGACAUCAAUACAGUUUCAUCAACUGUUUCGGAAAAUACCUCGCAAUCUAUCGAAGUAAACGCUCCAAAACAACAAAGGGACAAACCCAAAAAGAAAAACUCUACAUUUGAAUUAAAACCUCAAACAGAAAAUGAAAAAACAAAUGAAAUCAACGUAGUCAAUACUAAUGAAGCAGUCGCUUGGCAGCCUCAUGAACAAGAAAUAAACAAAUUUUGGAAUACAGAACCAAAUAUGUAUGUGAAUCAUGAAACAACCAAAGAUAAGGGAUGCCAAGAAAAAUCUCUUUUAGACUUACUACGCGAAGGCGUUUACGACUCUAACAAACCUCAAAGUGACAAAGUGCAGGAAGAUGAUGAUUUAAAGCAAUCGCCAAUAUUCGAACGUCAUAGUAUCGGCUGUCGAAAUGAAAAUAAAGAAUUUGCAUCUUUACGGCAAAUAUAUCCGAAUAAAGAGUUGGCUAGCCUUUGGGAUUUGUUUGUAAAAUGUGGAGGCGAUAUAGACUGGACCGUUGAUCUUCUUUUAAGAGAGGACGAACUUUUGACUCCACCCAGCAGUCGUGAUACGCAGCAUGUACCUGAUAUAGCAGAUGAUUUCAGAUGUAAUUGCACGUUAAUGCCAAAUAAUAGCACUGAAGCGAUAACACCAAUACCUACACCACCUUCCUUGGGAACAGGAUCAAAACCACAAAGACAACGAACGCGGGCUACGCGUACAAAUCAACGGUUAAAUCCUGAAAUGCAAGAAAUAUCCGAAAUAUUAGCAAAUCGUUUUGUACUUAACGGAGAACAAUUUUCGCCUCAUGUUCGAAAACUGCGUGAAAUGCGGGAAAAAUACCGAAAUCCUCCACAAAAAUACUAUGCAAGCACUGAAGUUCAGACGGAACCCCCAAUCGAAGGCGAGUCUGUAGAUGACGAUGAGUUUAAUUCCGAAACAAAUGAAAUAAUUGAAGUCAAUCUAGGAGAAGAUUUGGUGAAACAAUUGAGGCAAAUAUUCCAAGCUGAAAUGACGUCACUAGUGGAAAAGCUACCCGAUAAUCCAGUUUCAAAUGUAUUCAUGCCCCGCACACUAGCUAAGGAACUUUACAUGCUUUGGAUAGAAUCAGCGUAUAAUCAGCUUGAAGAGCAAAGACAAAAAAUAAUGAGUGAAGAUGCUCAUUUUGCCCGCCUACUAAAAAAUCCUAAGUAUGAAAAUGUUAAGGAGUCGCCUGAAAAUAUUCAAGAGUUACUAGAUAUGGAAUAUGCUUGGCAAAUUUACAAAAAUGAUCAAGAACUAGAAAAGCAAAGAACACAAAACAUACAAGAACAAUAUACACCAAGCGACUUGGCCUCACACCUAACCCAAAUGAAACUAUGCGAAAUAUUUCCAAACAUUCCACGAGAAACUCUGGCUGAAAUUUUAUCAGCCCAUAAUAACAACUACGACGAAACAGUCAAAGUACUUAAUAAAACCACUCAGCCUUUAGAAGACCAACAUGUUUCAGAAUUACAUAAGAAAUUGGUAGAUUGUACCUUAGAAGAGCAAGAAAAGGUAAAAAGUGAACAACAAAACAACAAGAACAACAGUGGCAUUAGCGCAGCUAAUGAAGAACGCGUUAUUAAAGUGUCUCUGCAGCCGGAGGAAGCAAAACGAAUGGCCUUGCAUGAUUUUGAAGAAAUGCGAAACCUCGCAGCACAUCACUGUCAGCUAAAAGCUGAAUGCUAUCAAAAAGCAAAAGAAGCGAUUCAAAAGGGUUACAGCGCGGUCGCAGUUUAUUACUCACAAAUUGCCAACUUACACAAAAUGAAAUUGGAUAUGUACAAUCAUCGUGCCGCCAAUUGCAUUAUGGAUGUUCACAAAUAUACUCAAAAUAACCCAGAACUUUUGGACUUGCAUUAUUUGCAUGUGUUGGAGGCUAUCAGCUGUUUGGAUAUAUUUUUAGAUCGACAUAUUACAGGAUUGCGCACCAUCUCUCGAAGUUAUAAACACAUAUUCAUAAUAACUGGCCGUGGGCUACAUAGUACGGGCGGUGUGUCCACAAUUAAAAAUAAAGUUAAAACCCGUUUAAAAGAGCGCAAUCUAAGGUGGAGCGAAGUAAAUCCAGGAUUACUGAAAGUGAAAAUAUUUUCCGCUUCAAAACACUCCAAAAACAUUUAAUGUAACCUGGGAGAGUGUGAGAAAUUCCUGACGCAAUCAUUCUAUAUUUUAAACUAAAAGUUUUUAAUACGUAUUUAUAUGUAUUCUAUCAAUAAGAAUGUUACUACGUAUAAAUAUUUUUUUACACAUUGUUAUGUUACAAUAAGAAUUCAGUAAAUAAACUUAAUUAAGUACCCAUAUA